AUUUUUGAAGAUGCUGAAAUGAAUAAUGCUGUCAAAGCUGCCCUUUUGGCUAAUUUCUUGUCACAAGGAGCUGUGUGCUCCAACGGAACCCGCGUUUAUGUGCACAAGAAUGUGUACGAGGAGUUUGUGGAACGAGUUGUUGAUGCCACGAAAGCGAUGAAAAUCGGGGAUCCUAUGCAUGAAGACACCGUUGUUGGAGCAACCAUAUCUAAACAACAAGCAGAAAAAGUACUGGGUUAUGUCGCGAGAGCCAAGGAAUCCGGUGCUGUUGUGUUAUGCGGUGGUGAUCGAGUUAUUCUUCCACAGCCGCUCGACCAAGGCUUCUACCUUUCCCCGUGUGUUUUAACUAACGUUAAAGACGAUUCUGAAAUCGUAAAACACGAGGUUUUCGGAGCUGUGAUGUGUGUGAUGUCGUUUGAGAGUGAAGACGAGGUUGUGAAUCGUGCCAACGUAUGGAUCCUCUUCUUCUGUCGUGUUUUCUCAAGACAUAGCAUAAUGUUGCGUCAAAUCGAAACUUGA